AAUCAAACUUCAAGGUCUUUCUAUGUGUAUCCCCUUAUUUUCUUCACGAUGUGUUCGCAUAAUUCGCCGAAAAUAAAUUAACUUACUAUCAAUUGUUUUUUGAUCAGAUUUGACGUUUUAUUGAUCUUUGAACACUAAAAACCAAGUGUUCUUGGUUAGCAUCAAAAGGCUUACUCCACUAUGAUUGAAAACGAAGAUUCGGAGGAACUAAGAAAUUAUAAAAGUUUAAAAAACACUUACAAACUGUUUUGUGUAGGUUGCGUUGUCUUUCUAACUGGAUUUUUAUUUAUUUUUUUCGGACGUCCGUAUACAUUUGACAGGACGAAUAAAGACUUGUUUUUUGUUUUUGGACUAGUUUUCAUUUUUCCUGGAUUGUUUAUAGCACUUUUAUCAGCUUACCUUCUUUUUCGAUUUUGGAAGACGUCUAAUGACUUUAUCAAAUUAAAUAAGCCUACUGUGUAUCCGGAGGAUGUAAUUCAAGACCCUGUUUCUCCUGAAAAACAAUGGAUUGUACCCCCAGAAACUUCUGUUAAUUUCUCUAAAUUUGGAUUAGACUUGAAUGAACCAAUCUGAAUUUUGAUAAUCGAUUGAGAAAAUUGUUUUCAGUCCAUAUUAGUUGUUACAUUUGUUUUCGAUUUGUCCCAACACUUAGUAAUCAUUUCUAUAAGGAAAAAAAAUCUUAUCUCUUUAUUUGUAUCCGAUUUUCUGAUUUGUCAUUUGGAUUUAUUUUUAAUCAACAAUCGUUUUAUAAGUUCAGUUCUAAUGAUACGACUGGAACAGCUAAUGAAACAUCCACGAAUAAGUAAUAAAGUUGGGUGG